CUUGAUUCUUUCUCCAAAGCCUAAAACACAGUUGAGGAAGUGUCUACGAUGGAUGAAGGCUCGCGGAAGAGCGCGCGUACAACGAAAUGUGGACAAUAUCAGCAAACACUGGACUGUAUGUUGGAAGGCAUGGAUCCUCUUAACUCCACCCAUUUCCCCGGCAACCAAUCGGACGUGAGCAGCGCCUUGACCCGUCAGGUUCUGCCGUCCCUGUACUUGGUCAUCUGCGCGGUGGGGCUGCCCCUCAACUGCGCGGCCGCCUGGAUCUUCUUCCGGGUGCCCGGCGACUCGGCCCUGGCGGUGUACCUGAAGAACGUGGCGGCGGCCGACCUCCUGAUGUCGGCCACCUUCCCCUUCCGGGCGGCGCCGCAGCUGGGCCUGGGCGGCUGGCGCCUGCGGGCGGUCACGUGCCGCUACACGUCGGUGCUCUUCUACUCGUCCAUGUACGUGGGCAUCCUCUUGGUGGGCCUCAUCGGCCUGGAGCGCUACGUCAAGAUCGUGCGACGCGGCGGCCCGGCGUGGGCCCGCCUCCUGCGGGACGCGGGCGCGGCCCGGAUCCUGGCGCUGCUCGCCUGGAGCCUCCUCACGGCGUGCGCGCUGCCCAACGCGGUGCUGACGGGCCGGCCGGCCGACGAGGAGACGUCCCGCCACUGCGUGAGGCUGAAGACCCCGCUGGGGGUCCGCUGGCACCGGGGCUCCACCUUCUUCAGCGUGGGCCUGUUCUGGCUCACCCUGCUGGUUCUGGCUUUCUGCUACUCCUCCAUCACGCGCCGCGUCUACCGCUCGUACCGCCGCGUCAACCGCGACGGCAACGACGUGCGGCGCAAAUCCAACCGCAGCAUCUUCUGCCUGCUGGCCGUCUUCUUCGUCUGUUUCGUGCCGUACCACGUCUGCCGCGUGCCCUACACGCUCAGCCAGAUGCCGGCGUCGGGUUUCGGCCGGGCCUCGCGCUUCCUGCUCUUCCAGGCCAAGGAGCUCACGCUCUUCCUGUCCGCCGUAAACGUCUGCCUGGACCCCGUCAUCUACUUCCUCAUGUGCCAGAAGUUCAGAGAGGAGCUGCUGGGCAAGAUCCGGCGAGGGGACGGGACCGCCGCGCCGAGUCUCAGCGACAUUUAGGAAGGCCUUUCAAAAUAAGACUUUUGUAUGCUAUUUCCUUUUACUUU